AGGUGGGAGGCAGGAUGGAGGGGCGGGAGCCAAGGCCGAGGGGGCGGACAUGGGUGGCGUCUGGCGCUCCAUAAAGGGGUUGCGGGGGCCGCGCUCUCUUCUGGGAGGGCAGCGGCCACCGGCUAGGAACACGGCGCGAUGCAGGUUCAGUGCCAGCAGAGCCCAGUGCUGGCAGGCAGCGCCACUUUGGUCGCCCUUGGGGCACUGGCCUUGUACGUCGCGAAGCCCUCCGGCUACGGGAAGCACACGGAGAGAUUGAAGCCGGCGGCUACCCGCCUGCCAGCCCGCGCCGCCUGGUUCCUGCAGGAGCUGCCUUCCUUCGCGGUGCCCGCGGGGAUCCUCGCCCGGCAGCCCCUCUCCCUCUUCGGGCCACCUGGGACGGUACUUCUGGGCCUCUUCUGCGUACAUUACUUCCACAGGACAUUUGUGUACUCACUGCUCAAUCGAGGGAGGCCUUAUCCAGCUAUACUCAUUCUCAGAGGCAUUGCCUUCUGCACUGGAAAUGGAGUCCUUCAAGGCUACUAUCUGAUUUACUGUGCUGAAUACCCUGAUGGGUGGUACACAGACAUACGGUUUAGCUUGGGUGUCUUCUUAUUUAUUUUGGGAAUGGGAAUAAACAUUCAUAGUGACUGUAUAUUGCGCCAGCUCAGGAAGCCUGGAGAAAUCAGCUACAGGAUUCCACAAGGUGGCUUGUUUACGUAUGUUUCUGGAGCCAAUUUCCUCGGUGAGAUCAUUGAAUGGAUCGGCUAUGCCCUGGCCACUUGGUCCCUCCCAGCACUUGCAUUUGCAUUUUUCUCACUUUGUUUCCUUGGGCUGCGAGCUUUUCACCACCAUAGGUUCUACCUCAAGAUGUUUGAGGACUACCCCAAAUCUCGGAAAGCCCUUAUUCCAUUCAUCUUUUAAAGAAACCAAAUUAAAAAGGAGCAGAGCUCCCACAAUGCUGAUGAAAACUGUCAAGCUGCUGAAACUGUAAUUUUCAUGAUAUAAUAGUCCUUCAUAUAUAUAUAUGUGUAUAUAUAUAUAUAAUAGUAGGUCUCCUGGCAUUCUGCCAGCUGGCCUGGGGAUUCUGAGUGGUGUCUGCUUAGAGUUUACUCCUACCCUUCCAGGGACCCCUAUCCUGAUCCCCAACUGAAGCUUCAAAAAGCCACUUUUCCAAAUGGUGACAGUUGCUUCUUAGCUAUUGCUCUGAGAAAGUACAAACUUCUCCUAUGUCUUUCACCAGGCAAUCCAAGUACAUGCGGCUUCAUACCCACUCCCUGUCAAUGCAGGACAACUCUGUAAUCAAGAAUUUUUUGACUUGAAGGCAGUGCUUAUAGACCUUAUUAAAGGUAUGCAUUUUGUACAUGUAACAGAGUAGCAGAAAUUUAAACUCUGAAGCCACAAAGACCCAGAGCAAACCCACUCCCAAAUGAAAACCCCAGUCAUGUCUUCCUUUUUCUUGGUUAAUUAGGAAAGAUGAGAAAUUAUUAGGUAGACCUUGAAUACAGGAGCCCUCUCCUCAUAGUGCUGAAAAGAUACUGAUGCAUUGACCUCAUUUCAAAUUUGUGCAGUGUCUUAGUUGAUGAGUGCCUCUGUUUUCCAGAAGAUUUCACAAUCCCCAGAAAACUGGUAUGGCUAUUCUUGAAGGUCAGGUUUUAAUAACCACAAACAAAAAGGCAUGAUCCUGGAUGGCUACUGAGAGAAUAGAGAACAACAUGACCCUGGAUGGCUACUAAGAGGAUAGAGAACAGUUUUACAAUAGACAUUGCAAACUCUCAUGUUUUUGGAAACUAGUGGCAAUAUCCAAAUAAUGAGUAGUGUAAAACAAAGAGAAUUAAUGAUGAGGUUACAUGCUGCUUGCCUCCACCAGAUGUCCACAACAAUAUGAAGUACAGCAGAAGCCCCAAGCAACUUUCCUUUCCUGGAGCUUCUUCCUUGUAGUUCUCAGGACCUGUUCAAGAAGGUGUCUCCUAGGGGCAGCUUGAAUGUCUCCCUCAAACGACCUGCAGGCAGAGACUGAAAAUUGCAGACAGAGGGGCACAUCUGGGCAGAAAACCUGUUUUGUUUGGCUCAGACAUAUAGUUAUUUUUUUUUUUACAAAGUUUCAAAAACUUAAAAAUCAGGAGAUUCCUUCAUAAAACUCUGGCAUUCUAGUUUCAUUUAAAAAGUUGGAGGAUCUGAGCAUACAGAGCCCACAUUUCCACACCAGAACUGGAACUAUGUAGCUAGUAAGCAUUUGAGUUUGCAAACUCUUGUGAAGGGGUCACCCCAGCAUGAGUGCUGAGAUAUGGACUCUCUAAGGAAGGGGCCGAACGCUUGUAAUUGGAAUACGUGGAAAUAUUUGUCUUCUCAGGCCUAUGUUUGCGGAAUGCAUUGUCAGUAUUUAGCAAACUGUUUUGAGAAAUGAGCACCAGUGGUACUAAGUACAGAAACUCACUAUAUAAGUCACAUAGGAAACUUGAAAGGUCUGAGGAUGAUGUGGAUUACUGAAAAAUACAAAUUGCAAUCAUAUAAAUAAGUGUUUUUGUUGUUCAUUAAAUACCUUUAAAUCAUG